AUGGAUUCUACAUCUCUGUUACCAGCAUUUUUAGAUGUAGAUUUGACAGUAUCACAAAUUGAAUAUUGUUCCAAGGGUAUUCUUGUGAAAUUUCAAGGCAGAAAUAAUGGUGAAUGUGAGUUUGACUACCACGCAUUGCAGAGAGAAGUACAGCAUAUUCCAAAAAUAAAAAAUAACGUGGAGAUCUUUGAGUUUUGUUUGGGGGAAGAGAGAGUGACUGGAGGGCAGAGAGGAAGAGCCUUGAAAAAGAAAAAUGAGCUCUACACAGUGCUAUUUAUAGAUCAUGGAGAAGAAUUAACAGUUGGUAGCACACAGGUUGCUUCAGCCCGUGAUAAUGUAUUUGAUCUACCACCAUGGGUAGUGUCUGGUAUUUUUGGCAAUAUUCUUCCAGUUGGAGAAAAAUGGUCUCCCAAGGCUUUGAAUUAUUUCAAGUCUUUAGUGGGAAUACAGCUGAAAGGUCAUGUGCAGGCUGUUUUGCCUUUGCAAAUGAUUCUUCUUGAAGUGCCACAAGUUAUAUCCUGGACUCUUGAAUUACAAUUAGGAAGAUUUAUUGAUGGAGAUUCAUUUUGUCUUAUUGUGGAAAUGUUAAAAGAAUUUCCUCAACAAAUGCCAGAUUUAUUACAGCAUAAAAGACCUCAGUUGUCAUUAAGUGAUUUUGACAAUUUACUUGAUGUUCAACACAUUUUGGAUAAUUUGUAGCCAUCUUUGUCAGUAGGAAGUUUUGAAAGUGUAAAGAUAUCAUCUGCAUUGAGCCCAAGUAAAUUUUAUUGUCAUUUGGUUAAAUGGACUUCAGAGCUAGAAAACCUUACAGUAUGUAUGACUUUACAUUACGAUAUUUGUCAAGAAACUAGUAGCAACUGUGAUAAUUUUGGACUACUUUGUGUUGCCAAAAGGAGAAAUGGACAGUGUCAUACAGGAAUUCCUCAACAGCGCUUGCUCAAUAAUCAAAUAAAAGUUUGGUUCAUGGAUUAUGGCAGUAGUGAGGCUAUCCCCUCAAUUCAUGUAAGGAAACUGAAACAGGAUUUUAGUUUAGUACCAUUAUUUUCAUUUCCAUGUUCUCUGACAUAUUUACACAGUCCAGAUAGAGAUGCAAGAAAACUUCAACUGAGUGUAUUUAAACAGGCCUUGUUAGGUCAAAUAGUAUCAUACAUUGAUAGGUUCAAUAAGGAUGAACAUUUGUAUUAUGUGACAUUACAGACUCAAGAGUCUACAGUUAGCUCUACGUGCCUGCUAAAGACUGUCAGCACACAAAUAUUUUGUCCAGUGUCUGAUUCAAAAAUCUCCAACUUCUUGAGUGAGCCAGGUGCUUAUGAUGAAAACAACUUUGCAGUUGAGAGUUUUGUUGGAAAUACUGCACAAUCAGUAGACUGUCUAAAUAAAAAAGAUAUUUUAAAAGUAGAUUGUUCUGUUAAAACUGUAGAACUGGAGGUAAAGACUGCCUACAUAACUUUUGUAUCAUAUAUAUUAAACCCAUCAAAUUUCUGGAUACAUAUUAAUGAUUGGAAUGAAUUCCAAGAUAUAUUGAAAAAUAUAAACAAAUGUUAUGAUUCAUGUGAAAAUGAUGAACUAAUUCUAAGAAAUCCUAAACCUGGAUUGUUUUGUUGUCUAAAUCCCCGGCCCUCCGUACCUCUUUUCGAUGUGAAAAUUUUGCUUCCAGAAUUUUGUGAAUUGUCUGCCUUAGCCAUGUGGUGUUCACUUGCACAUGUAAUUCCUAUUGAAGAUUUGUGGGUAAAGGCAGCAGUUGAUUAUUUUAAAAUAGUUUUGAACAAAGAAAUUUUGCUUUAAAUUAUAAGAAGAAAAGACAAGUAUACUGUCAAUAUUCAGAAUAUUGAAACCUCAGAAAAUAUUGAUGUUGUGUCUCUUAUGUUAGAAGCUGGAUAUACAGAAUCUUGGGAAGUAGAGUCAGAACAUUUUCCAAAGUAUGUUAGUGAAUAUUCAGUGUUAAAUUUAAAGUCUAAAAGCAAAGUCAGUAUUAAGAAUGUCACAUCUGCCCUUCUUGAAAGACCUAAAUCUAGAGAAUACCUUUCAGAUAAGGUGGAAGAAAAUAACUUAUCUUUGUCCAAAUCCCCAGCUGUUAAUUUCUUAGAUUUAAAAACUCCUUUCAUUUUGUCUUUGGGAUAUGAUUCAUCAAGGCCUUAUGAAGUACAUACGUUUAAAGCAGGAACAGUUCGUGAAGUUAAAUAUUCUCAUUACUAUGGCCCAGGAGACUUUUCAUGCCAGCUCCAAUGUAAGUUAGAAGACCUAAAAUUACUGAUGGAAGAAAUUCAGAAUUAUUAUAGCAUUCACUCUGAUCCUUAUCUGAUGGGGCAGAUUGCUUGUAUUGCUAAAUAUUCCAAAGAUGGGAAGUGGUAUAGAGCUGGUGUUUUGACUCAAGUAUCAAACAAAGAAGUUGAUAUAAUAUUUGUGGAUUAUAGUCACCAAGAACGAGUUUUAAUUAAAGAUCUUUGUGCUGUUAACCCACAUUUUCUUUUUUUAGAAGGCCAAGCCUUCAGAUGUUGUCUUAACCAUUUAGUUGAAUCUGUUAGUUGUAAAUUAUUCUGUUGUACAAGUAAAGCAUCCAGAGACUUUGGACAUUUUAUUUCUUCAUCUAGAGGGUUACUGGCUUGCAUAAUAUAUGCCCUAGUUCGUAUACAGGGAAACUGUGUAUAUAAUCGAAUGGAUUUACAAUCUUCAUUUACUAGUGCAAAAGAAUUUCUUACUAGUCAUGGGUCUGCACAGUAUAGCACAUUAUUCAUAUCCACUGUCAUCUUCAAUUAGUUUGUACAGUUACUAUAUAUGUAUAGUUACUAUUAUUCUUCCUUUAAUAUAAAAAUUGGAAGUGAAGAAGUAGUAUAUAUAUCUCACAUUAUGAGACACCAAAAGUUUUAUUGCCAGUUUAGUAGAAAUAAUAAAAAUCUAGAGAUGCUAGAAACAAAAAUCAUAGAGAUGAUUAGCCUAAAAAAUUGCCCAAAGUAUGAUUCUAGUCAAAUGAGAUUGUCUAUAUCUAAGAAUGUAGAGAAUGGUCUCUCGUACAGAGUAUUAGCAAAACCAACAGAUUCAUCAACUGAAUUUCUAGUAUAUUUUGUGGACUUUGGAAAUAAACAAUUAGUGAAAGAAAAUAUGUUGAUGGCUAUUUCAGAUCAGUUUGCAGAGUUGCUGUUUACACCUAUGCAAGCUGUUAAGUGUUUUCUGUCAGAUUUAAGAGAUAUAGAGACUCCAGAGGAAAUCAAUAACUGGUUUGAAAACAAGUUUUUCAGAAAAUCGUUAAAGGCAGUGAUGUCCAGGGGGUCAGAUGGCCAGCUGGGUAUAGAGCUAUGUGAUGGGUGUCAACAUGUAAAUCAGAAAAUUAAAACGUUGCUUCAUGCUUAUGGAAAAAAACAUUUUGACCAAGGACAGUAUUUGGAAAAGAGUCAUAAAUUAAAUAAGAAUAAGAGACUUGGUGCUUCUCAGAAAGGCAAAAUAGAAUACAAUUACCACCAUAAUGCGAUAAGUAAAAGUAGUCUAGUAACAUAUUCUGAAUACAAAAUAGAUCAGUUGAUGCAUCAUAGAAGUAUAUAUGCUAGGCUUUUGCAACCACCAGUUUGUUAUAAAAUUGAACCAGUGUCCAAAAACAAAGUGAAGUCGUUGAAUGAUGGACUUAAAAAUAAAAAUAUAAAAAUUGUCCAUGGAUCUGUACAUAUUCUUAAUGAAAGAGACUUGGGCCAAAAAUCAGUAAAGGUUGUAUCACAGACAUUUAUCAGAGAGUUAAAUCAAGCAGUCUCACAAAAUCCACACAAUAUGAUUAGACCACAGAUCAAAGAUCUUCCGGAACCCAAAAUUUACUUGAAUGUCCAAGUAAAAGGAUAUGUAUCCAACAUCAGCAAUCCAGCCAGUUUUCAUAUUCAGCUUGCUGAGAUUGAAAAGUUUAUCAUCAGACCUGCAGAUGCUCUAAAUAGAAGAGCAAGUAGAGUGAAAGAAUGAAGCUCAGUUAAACUUUUGGUGGGAGAUCGUGUAGUUGCAGAGUACUCUGUUGACAAUGUCAUUUACCAAGCAGUUAUUAAGAUAUUUCCAGAAAAUUCUUUUGAAGUGGACUUUGAUUAUGGUAAUACUGCAAUACUGAACAUGUCUAAAAUUUAUGAAUUUAAGACAGAUUUUUAAACUAUUGCUCAGCUGGGAAUCCAUUCUUUUCUCAGUGGACUAAAAUGGAAUGAGCCUGCUGAAAUAUGGGAUAGCAAAACUGUGGAUUAUUUUGCCUCAGUAGUAAGUAAAAAAAAUGUAUCUGGUGAAGUUUUGAAAAAGCAUCACCAGAAAUGGGAAAUUAGUAUACUUUGCGAUGAAAAGUGUGUCAUCAGUGAACUACUUAAAUGGGCAGUGUAUUGGAAACCACAGAAGACAGUAUUGCAAAUGCCUUGGGUUGUCUCUCGAAAAGCGAGCUGUGAUGAAGAUAAUGAAAUGAUAAAAGGAAGAUCAAGUGAAUGUGAAGACUGUAUCCUUCAACCCUCCUAUCAAAAGCUAGUUAAAAUUCCCUUUGAAGAGUUAAAACCUGGACAACUUGAAAAAGCCGAAAUACUUUGUGUUUCAAAGAGUGGAAGAUUUUAUGUGAAGUUAUCAAAAAAUAAAAAAAUCUUAUCAGAUUUAAUUGUAUUACUAAAAAAUAAUAUUGAAGGACAAUGUUUGGCAAAAUUUAGAAGAACUUUAAAGUGGUAUUGAUCAAUAGUAGAAAAAAGUUUUGUUGAUGAAAAUGUGCUUUUUUUAGUAGAUCAUUGUAGGUAUGAAACAGUGCCUUUAAAUAAUAUCAUGGUACUUUGUAAUGCAAUCAGAAAUAUUCCAAGACAAGCUGUGCCUUGUAAAUGGAUUUGGUUUGAAAAUUCUAAGAGCAUGGCAUUUGAGCAUUGUGUGUUUGCUCAUUUGAAAGUAAGCAUCCUUUUCCUGAAAUAUUUAGACUCUGCUUGGGAAGUAGACAUUUUGGUAAAUGGUAUGCUACUUUUAGAAUACUUCAGUCUAAACACACUUCAAGUUGAAGAAAACAAAAUUCAGUCUUCAGGAACUGUUUUCAGUGUGGAAUCUCGAACUCUUUUGUCACCAUAUGGAAUAAGAUCAUUUAGUUGGACCCAACUUCAAAAUGGUGGGCAAUAUUGUGGUAUUGCCACUGCUAUUUCUGAUCCAUCAGACUUCUGUGUUCAGUUAGAUUUCUUUGACACAGUGAAGUAUCUUUUUAUGUUGCUUUCUGAUCUACCAGAAACCUUAAAAACAUUACCUCAGGAGCUCAUAAUUCCCGGUUCUAGUUGUUUGUUCAAAUGUGAAAUGGAAGAUUAAUGGAAUAGAGUGGAAAUUUCUGAAAUCUCUGAUAGAUAUUUACUACUUAUGUUGGUUGACUCUGAGUUUUCUGUUUAUAUACCUUAUUCAAGUAGGAAAAAUCUUAAAGUUGUUCCUGAGGAACUUUUGAAUUUGCCAAGGUUAAGUUAUCCAUGUAUCUUACAGGGUAUUUUACCUGUUAUAGGGAAAUACUGGAAUGAAGAAGUCAAAAGCUUUUUUAAUGAUUUUCUAAGCAAACCAGGCUUAGUUUUUCAGUUUAGGGAAGGUGGUUUUAAAACAAAACUGAAAGUAGAUGUCAUUCAUGAGAAAAAGAUUUUGGCAGAUAUACUAGUUGCAUCUGAACUUGCAGUAUAUUGUAAGGAUUCAGCCGAUCUUGAUGCAGUUAUUGCUACUGGAUCUACUAAAAUCCAACGUAUGUUACAGAGUAGGGCUGUUUGCCCAUUGUUAAAUCAAAAUUGUGAAAAAAAGGAAAAUAUGAGUUGUACGUGCACCGAGAAACAAACGCUAAAUAAAGGGAAACCUAUAAAAAGGAAAGAAGUCUAUAAACUCCUUUUAAAGAGAAGCCAUGUUAGUAACAAAUUGCAUUGUAGAAAUUAAAAACUGAAAAAUAAAAUUUGUAGUGGAAAACAUAAUACCCAAAGUACCACUACAUUUGAUACAUGUGCAGCAGCUUCAUAUUGGGAACUGCUUGAUUGCUUGAAAAAUAACACCAAUUGGUUUGAAGACAUUUUUGAAAAACUGCCAACUGAAGGAAUACAGGAAAAUAACCCAGUGGACUCAACAGGAGUAGGAGUUAUAUGUUAAUGCAAAAACGAUAUCAGAAAACUUAAAAGGUAAGCAGUCAUUUUUCAAUUUUUCUGUAGAUUCUAUUUUUGAUGCUUUAUGUGCUAAAAUUAUCCAAAUCGAAUAUACCAUAUUGCAAGAAAACAAGAAAUACUUUUAA